GCCAAUGUGCUCGAAACGAAACUAGAGAAGGCCAAGAAGGAGCUCAAGGAGGCCGAGCAGAAAUACAACGCCAAAGCAAGCGUCCAGGUUACCGUAUACGGUGUUUGUGUGGCUGGCGGAUGUCCCAGCCUGCAGGUGCCUGAUGCACAAGAGGCCAUCCAGGACAUCCGCUCCCCAAGCUGGACUGUACACUCUCCAAGAACGAUGCUUCCACAGCUCAUCGCGCGCAAGGAGGCCAAAGCCGCAAUCCUUAGGUACAUCGAGGGGGCCCUUUCACAGGAUGAGUGCUACUGGGAGCCGGCGUCAAGGAUAAAAAAGUGCGCCAUCCUGACGACGGCCGGCAUUAAGGGCACGGGUAAGACUCGAGUACUUCACGAGAUGUGCACGAGCUGGCUGCGCGAAACCGGGGCGAAGGCGGCUCUGACCGUGGACUUCAAUGGGGGGAGCUAUUGGGACCACAGCAAACCUGCAACCGAAGUUUUUUCAAAGCUCCUCCUUCAGCAGUCAGGCAUGCCUGCGGAUAAAGCAGAAAAUUGCGCGCGCGUUCUUCCUUGGAAGCAGGUGAUGCGGUGUUUGCGAGAGAAGCUGAAUUUGGGCGACGAGGACCUUCUGCUGGUAGGCAUCGAUGAGAUUCGGCAGUUGGAGACCCUGGCUGGCAAAGACAGGGCUGUGCGACUAAUAUCCGACCUCGUGGGAGCCCAGGACGAGUACCUCCUCCAAACAAGCAGCUGCCCG